CCAAUGACAAUGUUCCCUCAAGGGGAUUUUCUUUUUUCGUCACACAGGAUGUCGGCAUGCACAGCAGCCUCGUGUCUUCCAGCGGCUACUGUCCAGCAAGCUUUCCAUAGCACGACGUCGUGACAAUAGAACACUCAUCACAUAAUUUGGGGAGGAGUCGUCAAUGAGCCAGGAUCAAUUUCUUCCAUCCUUUGAAGGAACUUGGGCGAGGCUAUCCCAGGUCGCUGUCAACGGCGCAGAAUAUAACUCUCGUGAACGUCAGCCCCACCCGAAAUGUUUGGAAGGGACCCGGGUUGAUCUCCUCAAUUACAUACACGACUCACUAGACGACCAAGAAAAGAAUCGACUUAUUUGGCUGCAUGGCACAGCAGGCGUCGGAAAGUCUGCUGUUGCGUUCACAGUAGCUGAAAGGAUGAGAGGUCUAAAAGUCACAGAGCAGACCUAUGUCGAGAAGCGGCUCGCAGGAACAUUCUUUUUCUCGCGCAAGCACACCAAACGUUGCACGACUGGAUAUUUCUUUGCGACACUUGUCUACCAGCUUGCCACCAAUUUCCCCAGCAUCCGGAAGGAUGUGAACAGAGCUAUCCGCGACAAUCCCGCUCUACUAGACCCAGAUAAGGCUCUCUGCGACCAGAUGGAGGCUCUCUUUCUCCAACCUCUCCGAAAUCUUCGACUCAGAUUGCGCGGGUGUCAGCCUUUGUCGUUUGUUAUUGAUGCCCUUGAUGAAUGCACAUCCCAACCCGAGCUCACCGAUCUCAUUCUUUCCCUCGCACAAGCUCUUCGUGAACCUGAUAUUCCCGUGACUCACAUUCUGCUCACCAGUCGCUCGGAAUCACAUAUCCGCAAAGCCUUUCAGAACGCCAAGGUGCAACCGUUGUUGUGCGAAAUACCAGUGAAAACUUCUGGGGAUGGCAUUGGGAGCAUCAUCUCGCUAGACGGCGCCGAUGUUGACAACGACAUCUAUUUAUUUUUGCAGCAUUCCUUCGGAGAGCUGGGAAGUCGCCAUCCUGAUUUCCCUCAGCCAUCGAGGGAUCAACUUGCGCAGCUGGCGAUCCGCGCAGGUAGACGUUUCAUCGUGGCCUCUACGAUGAUGAAGUUUAUUAUCGAUGAUGAAGACCAUGACCCUCGCGAUCGGUUACAGCUGAUGCUCGAGCUGACGAGCGAGCUACUACCAGGAACGGAGGUGUACAAGUUAUAUGACUCUAUCCUUUCCACGUGUACCAACCCCAAGCGGGCAUUCCUGCACUUGUCUAUUGUUGCUUCCCUCGCAGACCCUCUGUCGAUGUUACAAAUCUCGAAACUACUCGGCCCUGGUCUUGGCAGGGAUGUCGAGACAACGCUAGUGCAGCUACGGUCAGUCUUGGGUAUUCCCACCGACACCAGUCUCCCCGUAAAUAUCUACCACUCGUCCAUUCGUGACUAUGUUUCCAACCCCUCAAACUGCAGCCUCCCUCAAGUACAAGAUAUGCAAUCACCCCACUCCCUACUCGCUGAUUCCUCUCUCCGCUUGAUGAUGAAGGAGAUUCCAGAAAGCACAGCCCUCUUGGAUGCGCUCUCAGAAUUGCAUAAGCAGAGCCAAGCUAUGACGCCUGAUGACCCCCAUAGAUUAAAAGACUCAUUAUCAUUUCUCGUUAAACCACCGGAGCCACUGUCGGUUCUUAUCGGUAUGAUAUGGCUUCGGGGAGAUGGCGGAUCAGAUCUACGAUCCUGGAUAGAUACCCUGGACGGGCGCGCCUGGCUGCGGACCCAGGGAGGGAAAGACUGGUUACAGAAAGAGGGUGGGCAAGACUGGCUGCAGACCCAAGGAGGGAUAUAUUGGCUGCAGACCCAAGGAGGGAAAGACUGGUUACAGAAAGCGGGCGGGAAAGACUGGCUGCAGACACAAGGAGGGAAAGACUGGCUGCAGACACGACAAGGGAAAGACUGGCAGCGGACGCAAAACUACGGGUUGCAGAUCGCAUUUGACGUAAAACGCUUGCUGUCGUUGGUUGACUUGGGGGGAUCCCCGCCCGUGUGCGAACGGGGGCGAGACGGGCUAAAGACUCUGGACAGCUUGAAGGAAGGGAAAGAGUGGCUCGAAACUGUGGACGGCUGUGUCUGGUUGCAAACCGAGGAAGGGCACAACUGGCUAGAGACCCUGGUCGGGCGCGUCUGGUUGCAGAUGCAACGAGGACAAGAGUGGCUACAGAUCCCGGGAGGGCAGGAGUGGCUGCAGACCAGGAGUGGGCGAGAUUGGCUGCAGAUUAGGAGCGGGCGAGACUGGCUGCGGACCCAAGGAGGGCGAGACUGGCUGCGGACCCGAGGAGGGCGAGAAUGGCUGCGGACACCGUGCGGAUGGGCCUGGCUGGAGACCCCGGGCAUGCGAGCCUGGCUGGAGGCUCCGGGCAUACGAGCCUGUCUGCAGACCCCGCGUGGGCGAGCCUGGCUGGAGACCCCGCGCGGGCGAGCAUGGCUGGAGACCCCCCCUGUGCGAGAUUGGCUGCAAAGCCCAGGUGGGAGAGUCUGGCUGCAGAUCCCGAGAGGGGAAGACUGGCUGGAGACACGAGCAGGAAUAGACUGGCUGCGGACCCAGCGAGGGCAAGACUGGCUGCAGACCCAGCGACAGCGAGAGCGAGAGCCGCUGCAGAUACCACGCAAGAGAGCCUGGCUGCAGACCCAGAGCGGGAGAGACUGGCUGCAGACCCAGAGCGGGAGAGACUGGCUGCAGACCCAGAGCGGGAGAGACUGGCUGAAGACCGAACGAGGGCAAGACUGGCUGCAGACCCAGCGCGGGAAAGACUGGCUGCAGACACAGAGCGGGAGAGGCCGGCCGCGGGACUCGGGGGGGCGAGUGUGGCUGCGGACCCGGCGCGGGCAAGACUGGCUGUAUACUGAAGGAGGGAAAGACUGGCUGCGGACUCAUCGUGGGAAAGAAUGGCUGCAAACCGAACACGGGAGACGCUGGCUGCUUGCCCAAGGAGGGCAACACUGGUUGAAGACCGAGGGAGGGCUAGACUGGCUGCAAACCCAACGCGGGCAUGACUGGUUACAUACAAAAGGAGGGGAAGAUUGGCUACAGACCCUGGGCAUGCGCACCUGGCUACAGACCCAAGGAGGGCAGGACUGGUUGCAGACCCCGCGCGCGCGAGACUGGUUGCAGACGCUGUGCGGGCGAGAAUGGCUGCAAACACCCCAUGGACAAGCAUGGCAGUCUACUCCUGCGGCGUCUGUCUGGGUGACGAUGGAAGAAUUCUCGAGCACAUUGCAAGCUAUGAACGACUAUACCAUUGUUCCAGAAUUGCUUUCAUUGUCAGCUUUCCGAGCAGUCCAGCAGUUCAAGAGCUUGCCGGAUUUCUUGAUGUUUCCAAUGUUCCUGGCAUUAAUGCACCAGGACCAUUCUGCCUCUACAUCACCAGAAGAUUUGUUCUCAUCCGGCAGGGAGAUCAUUCAUGCUAUGAAUGCUUUUACCACUUUCGCAAAUGACGCACGGGAACAAAGUCGAUCAGCUUCUGAUGCUCUCAAGUAUGCUUGUCAAAACUGGGCCAUCCAUCUCUCGCGAGCUCCGAAUCACAAGCUUGAUCAUGUAUUCCAGGCUUUCUGGACACGUCAUCUCCUCUCCUGGCUUGAAAUGCAGUGGUGUUUGAAGGGUCUGCAGUCUUGCCUCAACGUUUUAUCUCAAGGGCAGAAGCUUACAAGGGUUGAUAUCAUUAAUUCUUAG